AUGGACAAAGAUAGGAACUGGGUGGGUGAGAAGAUCUUGGAUCUAACACUCGAGAUCAUCUACCUGCUGACUGGAGAGGUGAGGGAUUCUGGGUAAUGUCAUUAUGGAGAUCAUCUACCUGCUGACUGGAGAGGUGAGGGAUUCUGGGUGAUGUCACCAUGGAGAUCAUCUACCUGCUGACUGGAGAGGUGAGGGGUUCUGGGUAAUGUCAGUAUGGAGAUCAUCUACCUGCUGACUGGAGAGGUGAGGGAUUCUGGGUAAUGUCACCAUGGAGAUCAUCUACCUGCUGGCUGGAGAGGUGAGGGAUUCUGGGUAAUGUCAGUCUGGAGAUCAUCUACCUGCUGGCUGGAGAGGUGAGGGAUUCUGGGUAAUGUCAUUAUGGAGAUCAUCUACCUGCUGGCUGGAGAGGUGAGGGAUUCUGGGUAAUGUCAGUAUGGAGAUCAUCUACCUGCUGACUGGAGAGGUGAGGGAUUCUGGGUGAUGUCACCAUGGAGAUCAUCUACCUGCUGACUGGAGAGGUGAGGGAUUCUGGGUAAUGUCAUUAUGGAGAUCAUCUACCUGCUGACUGGAGGGGUGAGGGAUUCUGGGUAAUGUCAGUAUGGAGAUCAUCUACCUGCUGACUGGAGAGGUGAGGGAUUCUGGGUAAUGUCAGUAUGGAGAUCAUCUACCUGCUGACUGGAGAGGUGAGGGAUUCUGGGUAAUGUCAGCAUGGAGAUCAUCUACCUGCUGACUGGAGAGGUGAGGGAUUCUGGGUAAUGUCAUUAUGGAGAUCAUCUACCUGCUGACUGGAGAGGUGAGGGAUUCUGGGUAAUGUCAUUAUGGAGAUCAUCUACCUGCUGAUUGGAGGGGUGAGGGAUUCUGGGUAAUGUAAGUAGGGAGAUCAUCUACCUGCUGAUUGGAGAGGUGAGGGAUUCUGGGUAAUGUUACCAUAGAGAUCAUCUGCCUGUUGACUGGAGAGGUGAGGGAUUCUGGGUAAUGUCACCAUGGAGAUCAUCUACCUGCUGACUGGAGAGGUGAGGGAUUCUGGGUAAUGUCAUUAUGGAGAUCAUCUACCUGCUGACUGGAGAGGUGAGGGAUUCUGGGUAAUGUCAGUAUGGAGAUCAUCUACCUGCUGACUGGAGAGGUGAGGGAUUCUGGGUAAUGUCAGUAUGGAGAUUGUCUACCUGCUGACUGGAGAGGUGAGGGAUUCUGGGUAAUGUCACCAUGGAGAUCAUCUACCUGCUGACUGGAGAGGUGAGGGAUUCUGGGUAAUGUCAUUAUGUAGAUCAUCUACCUGCUGACUGGAGAGGUGAGGGAUUCUGGGUAAUGUCAUUAUGGAGAUCAUCUACCUGCUGACUGGAGAGGUGAGGGAUUCUGGGUAAUGUCAGUACGGAGACCAUCUACCUGCUGACUGGAGAGGUGAGGGAUUCUGGGUAAUGUCAUUAUGGAGAUCAGCUACCUGCUGACUGGAGAGGUGAGGGAUUCUGGGUAAUGCCAGUAUGGAGAUCAUCUACCUGCUGACUGGAGAGGUGAGGGAUUCUGGGUAAUGUCACCAUGGAGAUCAUCUACCUGCUGACUGGAGAGGUGAGGGAUUCUGGGUAAUGUCAGUAUGGAGAUCAUCUACCUGCUGGCUGGAGAGGUGAGGGAUUCUGGGUAAUGUCACUAUGGAGAUCAUCUACCUGCUGACUGGAGAGGUGAGGGAUUCUGGGUAAUGUCAUUAUGGAGAUCAUCUACCUGCUGACUGGAGAGGUGAGGGAUUCUGGGUAAUGUCAGUAUGGAGAUCAUCUACCUGCUGACUGGAGAGGUGAGGGAUUCUGGGUAAUGUCAUUAUGGAGAUCAUUUACCUGCUGACUGGAGAGGUGAGGGAUUCUGGGUAAUGUCAUUAUGGAGAUCAUCUACCUGCUGGCUGGAGAGGUGAGGGAUUCUGGGUAAUGAAAUUAUGGAGAUCAUCUACCUGCUGACUGGAGAGGUGAGGGAUUCUGGGUAAUGUCAUUAUGGAGAUCAUCUACCUGCUGACUGGAGAGGUGAGGAUUCUGGGUAAUGUCAAUGCAGGAACCAUCUACCUGCUGCUGACUGGAGAGGUGAGGGAUUCUGGGUAAUGUCAGUAUGGAGAUCAUCUACCUGCUGGCUGGAGAGGUGAGGGAUUCUGGGUUAUGUCAUUAUGGAGAUCAUCUUCCUGCUGACUGGAGAGGUGAGGGAUUCUGGGUAAUGUCAUUAUGGAGAUCAUCUACCUGCUGGCUGGAGAGGUGAGGGAUUCUGGGUAAUGUCAUUAUGGAGAUCAGCUACCUGCUGACUGGAGAGGUGAGGGAUUCUGGGUAAUGUCAUUAUGGAGAUCAUCUACCUGCUGACUGGAGAGGUGAGGGAUUCUGGGUAAUGUCAUUAUGGAGAUCAUCUACCUGCUGACUGGAGAGGUGAGGGAUUCUGGGUAAUGUCAUUAUGGAGACCAUCUACCUGCUGACUGGAGAGGUGAGGGAUUCUGGGUAAUGUCAUUAUGGAGAUCAUCUACCUGCUGACUGGAGAGGUGAAUUAUGGAAUUCCUGGAGUAAUGUCAUUAUGGAGAUCAUCUACCUGCUGGCUGUUCAUCUACCUGCUGACUGGAGAGGUGAGGGAUUCUGGGUAAUGUCACCAUGGAGAUCAUCUACCUGCUGACUGGAGAGGUGAGGGAUUCUGGGUAAUGUCACCAUGGAGAUCAUCUACCUGCUGACUGGAGAGGUGAGGGAUUCUGGGUAAUGUCACCAUGGAGAUCAUCUACCUGCUGACUGGAGAGGUGAGGGAUUCUGGGUAAUGUCAUUAUGUAGAUCAUCUACCUGCUGACUGGAGAGGUGAGGGAUUCUGGGUAAUGUCAUUAUGGAGAUCAUCUACUUGCUGACUGGAGAGGUGAGGGAUUCUGGGUAAUGUCAUUAUGGAGAUCAGCUACCUGCUGACUGGAGAGGUGAGGGAUUCUGGGUAAUGCCAGUAUGGAGAUCAUCUACCUGCUGACUGGAGAGGUGAGGGAUUCUGGGUAAUGUCACCAUGGAGAUCAUCUACCUGCUGACUGGAGAGGUGAGGGAUUAUGGGUAAUGUCAGUAUGGAGAUCAUCUACCUGCUGACUGGAGAGGUGAGGGAUUCUGGGUAAUGUCACUAUGGAGAUCAUCUACCUGCUGACUGGAGAGGUGAGGGAUUCUGGGUAAUGUCAUUAUGGAGAUCAUCUACCUGCUGGCUGGAGAGGUGAGGGAUUCUGGGUAAUGUCACUAUGGAGAUCAUCUACCUGCUGACUGGAGAGGUGAGGGAUUCUGGGUAAUGUCAUAUGGAGAUCAUCUACCUGCUGACUGGAGAGGUGAGGGAUUCUGGGUAAUGUCAUUAUGGAGAUCAUCUACCUGCUGACUGGAGAGGUGAGGGAUUCUGGGUAAUGUCAUUAUGGAGAUCAUCUACCUGCUGACUGGAGAGGUGAGGGAUUCUGGGUAAUGUCAUUAUGGAGAUCAUCUACCUGCUGACUGGAGAGGUGAGGGAUUCUGGGUAAUGUCAUUAUGGAGAUCAUCUACCUGCUGACUGGAGAGGUGAGGGAUUCUGGGUAAUGUCAUUAUGGAGAUCAUCUACCUGCUGACUGGAGAGGUGAGGGAUUCUGGGUAAUGUCAUCUACCUGCUGACUGGAGAGGUGAGGGAUUCUGGGUAAUGUCAUUGCUGACUGGAGAGGUGAGGGAUUCUGGGUAAUGUCAUUAUGGAGAUCAUCUACCUGCUGGCUGGAGAGGUGAGGGAUUCUGGGUAAUGUCAUUAUGGAGAUCAGCUACCUGCUGACUGGAGAGGUGAGGGAUUCUGGGUAAUGAAAUUAUGGAGAUCAUCUACCUGCUGACUGGAGAGGUGAGGGAUUCUGGGUAAUGUCAUUAUGGAGAUCAUCUACCUGCUGACUGGAGAGGUGAGGGAUUCUGGGUAAUGUCAGUACGGAGACCAUCUACCUGCUGACUGGAGAGGUGAGGGAUUCUGGGUAAUGUCAUUAUGGAGAUCAGCUACCCGCUGACUGGAGAGGUGAGGGAUUCUGGGUAAUGUCACCAUGGAGAUCAUCUACCUGCUGACCGGAGAGGUGAGGGAUUCUGGGUAAUGUCAUUAUGGAGAUCAUCUACCUGCUGACUGGAGAGCUGAGGGGUUUUGUUUAAUGCUGGCUUGUUAAAUUGCCACUUCCCCUCCAUAACAACUGAAUUAAAUCUUUUGGGGGCUGGAGUCUGUGGGCGCCGCUGUGACCUAUGUGGUUAAAGUGUUUUUAAACAGUUGAACCAAAAGUGCCAGCCGCACUACCUGGCUGGUUUGUAGAUCGGAAUUCUUCCUAACAAAACAACAUUAUAUGUAUUUUUUCUUUUACUUUAAGAUAGUGCAUAUUACUUUCUUAAUUUAUUUCAAGAAAAAAAUACUACAUGUAAUUAAUCACAAGAAAGCUUUGAAAUCAAUAAUAACAAACCUGUUUUUGUCCAUUCAUGUAGAAACUGCCCAACUCUUACAACAUAAUAUUAAAAUCAGCAGCUAAUAAAUGGGUGUAAUAGAAUUAGUUACAUUUACUGCUUAAUUCAGGGAUUGUCAAGCACCAUAACCCUUACAGGCAUUUGUAGUGGUUAUGGUGCCAGGAGUGCCCUUGUAUCCUGCUAGAGUAAUGUGUCCAACGGUUUUAGAAUGUUUCAGAAACGUACCGAGGUCCCUCUGGCCAUGCUCAGGGGAAACCAUCACAUGGUCUCUAAAUCAACACUAUCUUAAAAAAUAUUGUUCCAUUUCUGUUUUUAAAUAUGUGUAGAUUGAAUUUUGGAUGAAAUCACUUGCCUGCCUUUUGCAGUUCACCUUUUUGAAAAGCAAUCUUUUAUAGUAUAUUGCUGCCACCCAUGGCGUUUCUAAAUUGCGUUCUCGUCCUGCCUGCAGCAGUUUGUGUCCGCCGCUUUUAAUAAAUUCAACGGAUAGUUGCAAAAUGGUGGACAUUGGUGCAGAUAACUGGCAAUCCAACUGAUAAAGACAAGUGUCAGAAAGGGGGAGUGGCAAAGAUAGAAUUCUUCAAACAUUUCUUUAUUCAAUAUAUACAUGAAUUUAAAAACAAAUAAUAAAAUGGAAUAUUAUAACUUAACAAUAUAUUAAGGAAUUACAUUUUCCAUUUAUUUAAGAUGAACACUAUAAUAACAUGUGUGACAGAACCAUCUGUCUUUGGGAUUAUAUUUCGCCUUCCUCCAUUCGUCUGUUUGUUCGGUUAUUUCUUUGCCGGGAGGAUGGCGUGUGCAGUCAAUUGAGCACCCAGUAUCUGCGGUUAACCGCAGCCUAAUUGACGAUUGCUGGGUGGUUGCAGUUACACAUAGCCACCACACGAUGACGGUGUUAUGGAAGCUCCCCGGGUAGUCAGCCCUUGUUCUACCCAGCAGCAGGACACCAAAAGCAGACACCUUGUCUUCCAAGCCCCGCUGAGCCUACUAGUCUGCAGCCCUGUUCGGCAACCGAACAGCGGAGCAUUUGGGUCUUUGAGUGUUAUAAUGUAUUCGGUGUGAAAGUACCCAGAUAGCCUGCCAUGGAGCCUGUUCGUGGAAUUAAAGACUUUGGCUCCAUGGCGAUUAAACUGUGUUUGUGUGGUGUGAGCGCCAUUCACUUAAUAAUGUGCGCUCAGACCUGAGCUAUCUGGGGAUAUGUUAAAUGUAUAUAUUUAUUGUAACCCUUGUAACAUGGUGUAUUUUAAUAGUAAUUCCUAUUCUAGUAUCCCCACGUGCAUAAUGGCGAUUUGCCUUUGUCCUGGGAGAUAAUUGAAUUACUUCUCAAUUAACUCCAGGGCAGAGGGGAGGAAGCUAGGUUGCAUUGUGGGAAUAUAUUGUGACUGUAUGUCCCAAAUUGAUACCUGUCUGUCCUUGGUUAAAGUCUCCCAUUUGGUUUCCCUAGGGGAGUGUCCACCAAGUGGGAGACCUGCAUAAAUACGGGCAGGUAGCCCUCAGUAAAGCCAGUUCUUGUUUUACCCUCAAUACGGAGCUUGGUCUCGUCAUUGGGGGGAUUUACUAUAUGCGGUUAGAGACUGAUUGCUGGGAACGUAAGCUGCUUGGAGAUUAUAGCAGUUCGGCUGUUAGCAGUGAUUCGUGGGCUUACUGUUCGGGAGUUUGGAAGAGUUUCACGUAUACGGUUCGGGAGUUUGGCGCAUUCCCCUGGUUCCCGUUCGGGAGUUUGAGGUCUACACGAAUUAAAUCUGCAUCGCUAAAAAGGGGAAGCUCAACUAAGCGGCGGUUUCACUCCUUCAUGCCGGGAGUGUCUUAACAACAUGUAUCCCUAACACUAUAGUGCUGGACUAUCUAUCUAGGUCCCCUCCCCCCUCUCAGAAUGGAAUAUAAAGGCAUUGUACUUACCUUUUCUUCAUCACUGCACUGGUCUCGCAGCGACUGGCUGUGCCUCCAUGGCUGAGAUCAUCAGUCUUUAUGAUCUCAGUUACUCCAUUUUUAAAUAGGUGAAACCUGGAGCCACCUAGUUGGAUUUCCGAUAUUUCACUGUAUUUAUAUUCCCUAUUUUGAAGCCACGGACUGAAAUUACAUCUUGAUUAUACUGUGUCAUGUGAACUAAUUUAAAGGGUUUUGAAGUGGUCAUUGUGCAAGGAAUGUUACAGUUUAAAUUGCUGUCCACGGUGUAACUCCACCUCCAGCAGCCAUCAUUAUCCAGCUGGCUGAUGCUAAUUCUGUGCAUAUUCUCUAUACACUGGUUCAUUCAUUGGCUGAGAGUGCUCAGCUAACUUUCUCAGCCGAUCAAUGUUCAGCAGGUUUGGCAUUCAGCAUGAGAGUAGACUCAAUGCAUAGAAACAUAGAAUGUGAAGGCAGAUAAGAACCAUCUAGUCUGCCCAAUUUUCUAAAUACUUUCAUUAGUCCCUAGCCUUAUCUUAUAGUUAGGAUAGCCUUAUGCCUAUCCCACGCGUGCUUAAACUCCUUUACUAUGUUAAUGCCCGGCGGGACCCAAGUGAAAGGCAAACUAUUCCAAUGUAGAGUAUUUCAUAAAUUUUUCAUCUUUAUGAAACACUCAGAAGUGAUAGAGCUGCUUUAAUGAAAGCGUAGAUAUUACAAUGUUUCCAUUGCAGAGAGAUAAACAUCUAGCAUCUGUUUUUCUGAUAGCCACUAAAGGUGCUAUCACUGUGAGUACGGGUCAGGCUCCGUUCUCAAAUGUCUCAUAGAAAGCAUUCAAUUGGAGGUGCACACGUGGCUUUAUCAUUCCCAAUGCUCCUGUAUGAGCAACGUUGGAUUUGACGGGAAGAAGAACGAGUGAUGCCUGUGGAAUUACCUCUUUGGAGAAGGAGCCUCUGCGCUGGGAAAAGAGUUUUAUUGUUUUUUUAACUUGAUUGGGGGGCUGAGGAAACACUAUAGUGUUGGGAAUACAUGUUUGCAUUCCUAAAACUAUAGUCUUUAAUACUAAAAGUCCACUUAUUCCUGGCUGUACUUAAUUAUUAUUUUAUUUAUAUCAUUUGUGGUUAAAUAUUCUUAAAAAUCACCGUUCUUGUUUUAAAUAUUCUUGUUAGUAUAACAGUCUUUCUUAAUUUUAAGGCUCAUGUUGUUGUGAAGAAAUCUGAUGACAAUGUGUCACCUAGCAGCAACCCUUAUGUGUCAAAAGGAUCCUCCAGGACCCAGUACACCAGCAUGGUGCCUACACCUCCCUCCUUGAUAUAUGAGAGAAACAAUGAUCAGAAGAUGCUGGAAUUGACCAAUCAGAUCAUCAAGCUGCUGACUGGAGAGGUGAGGUGCCAAGUAUGCGACAUUAUACUGUAAAACAAAGGGAUGUGUCUGGAUCAUUAUGUGUGUCAGGUUCCUAUAAGGAGUGAGGAUGUCACUGUCUAUUUGUCCAUGCAGGAGUGGGAGUAUUUAGAAGGGUGCAGGGAUCUCUACAAAGGUUUGAAGAUGGAGAAUCGAAGGCCCCUCUGCUCACUUGGUAAGGAAAUAGUUAACUACUGUAAUUUGUGUUUAAUAACCCAGAAAAUUCACCAAAGUACAUAGACUUAGAUUUUUGAUGUUCCUGUUCUUAAAGUGAUAUAAGAGCUGCUAAUGUGUGUUUUCUUCCAACAGAUAAAUUUGCAUGUAGUGGAUUAUACACUUCUGAUUCUUUGAAUAAUUCCAGAACAAAGGAUGACACUAUAAAUAAAACUAAUGAUGGAGUAAAAUGUCUGAAAAUCAAAAAACCAAGAAACAAAAAGUCUACAUCUGUAACAUAUAUUUCACAAGACUAUCCAUCACGUGAAGAUAGAGUUAACAUAGACACAGAGGUUUCUACACCCAUAGAACAACCACAGACAGAAUAUCCAUUUUCUCCUAUUUCGGAGGAACCAGCGUCAUGUAAAGAUGGAAAUCUCACAGACAUUUCUACGCCCACAGAGCAUUCAUCUACUCCUAUUAAAGAGGAAUCUGGAUCAUGUGAAGAAGGAAAUCUCACAGACACUGACAUCUAUACAGAGACAGAAGAUAUAAGUACUGUUAUUAUUAAGGUUGAAUCACUCUCCUCUGACGAAGGGGAUCUCAUGUACAUGAAUGAGUAUACACACACAGACCGUACUCAGACAGAAGAUAUAUGUAAUGUCAUUAUAAAGGAGGAAUCCAUGUCAUGUGAAGACGAUCUCACAGACAAUGAAAUGUAUACACCCACAGAACAAACACACAGAGAAUAUCCAUCUAAUCAAAUUAAGAAGGAACAAACCAUAUGCAGAGGAGGAAAUGCUAAUAGAUAUACUCUUACUAAACACACACAGACAGAAAAUACAUUUGGCUGUAUGGGAGGCUAUAUCAAUUCUUCCAAAGGAGGAAAAUUUUUCUUUUCUGAGUCCGAACUUCUUAUACAUGAGAUGAAUUGCAGAAGAGAAAAACCAUUUUCAUGCUCUGAAUGUGGGAAACAUUUUAGUCAGGUAUCCAAUCUUGUUAAACACCAGAGAAUUCACACAGGGGAGAAACCAUAUAAAUGCAAUGAAUGUGGUAAAUGUUUUACAAUGGCUGCAAAGCUUGCAUCACAUGAGAGGAUUCACAGGGGAGAGAAACCAUUUAAAUGCACUGAGUGUGAUAAAUGUUACAACUUAAAACAUGAUCUUAUUAGGCAUCAGAGGAUUCACACAGGUGAUAAACCAUUUAAAUGCGAUGAAUGCGGGAAAUGUUACACUAGAUCCGAACAGCUUGUUUCACAUAAACGGAUUCACACAGGAGAUAAACCAUUUAAAUGCACUGAAUGUGACAAAUGUUUUAACCUAAAGUGUAAUCUUAUCAGGCAUCAGAAGAUUCACACAGGAGAAAGGCCAUUUAAAUGCAACGAAUGUGAUAAAUGUUAUAAGAGAGCGGCAGACCUUGUUUCCCAUAAAUGGAUUCACACAGGAGAAAAACCAUUUAAAUGCAAUGAGUGUGGGAAAUCGUAUAUCUGGGCCACAGACCUUGCAUCACAUAAAAAGGUUCACACAGGAGAAAUUCCAUUCUCAUGCACUUAA